ACACCCUUUGCCACCUCAAAAUUCACACAUUGUAACUGAGACACCCCUUACUUCAGCUUUCAACUUGUUGCCUGCAUUACUAGUAGAGGACAAAUUAGACACCUUAGAUAUGGGAAGAGCUCCUUGUUGUGAGAAAGUGGGACUCAAGAGGGGGAGGUGGACUGCUGAGGAGGAUGAACUCUUGACCAAGUACAUUCAAGCCAGUGGUGAAGGUUCUUGGAGGUCAUUGCCUAAAAAUGCAGGAUUGCUAAGAUGUGGGAAGAGUUGCAGAUUGAGAUGGAUUAACUAUUUGAGAGGUGAUCUUAAAAGAGGGAACAUUUCUGAUGAAGAGGAGAGUCUCAUUGUGAAGUUGCAUGCUUCUUUUGGCAACAGGUGGUCACUGAUUGCAAGCCACAUGCCAGGCAGAACGGACAACGAGAUAAAGAACUACUGGAACUCUCACUUGAGCAGGAAAUUAGUUUACACCUUCCGAGGAAGCACCACUAAAUCCAUCGUCGACACACCUCCCAAACGGAGGAGAUGUGGCAGAACCAGCCGCUGGGCCAUGAAGAAGAACAAGACCUAUUCCCUCAUCAAUAAUGAUCUCCAAAACCAAAACAAUGAACUAGAGAAAGAAGACCCUGUAGCACGGUGUGAUGUGAAAGGAAGUGACGACAUUUUGUGUCAGGAGGCUAUUAAUGUUGACGAUGAUGUGUUGAGUUUUCAUGAGUUCAUGGACACGUGCUUGAUGGAACCAAGUGGGGAUCAUGAUGUUGAUGAAGAGAGAGAAAGCGCAGUGAUGAAUGAUGGCGGAAGUGAAGGAGUGCGUGACACGUGCAGUACUGUCGACACCGUGGUAACCAGUAGGGACUCACAGUCAAAGAGUGAAAAUCAUAAGUUACAUAAUUCUUGUUCUUCUAAUUCCUUAGGCUAUUCAUCGGGCUUGGAUUCUGUCAUGGAAAUGAAUCGUGAAGACGAGUCAUCAGUGCUGUCCAGGGAGCAGAAUGAAAACCUGCUGACUUGGUUGUGGGAAGAUGAAGACUGGGAAAAGGAUUUUCAGAUUGUUGAUCCUGAGAAACAUAAUGACAUGCUUUAUUGGUUUCUCUCUUGAACCAAAUCUAUGUGUUCCUUCAUGACAUGUAUAUAUAGUACUAGUGUGCUCAAUUAAUUGGUUUUAGACCAUGAAGUGUGUUAAUUUGUUAAUCGAAAAGGUUGGGUACGUAAACACAAUAUUCACUGAGUCAAAAAUAAUAAACGAAAGAAAAGUAAUUU